GGGAAGAACACAGCAAGAACACAGCCACUCCCGUGAAGCCUAGAGAAAUCCUGGCCAUCCAAACAUACAAAAAGAGCGUCCAAGAUUUGACAAACGGCCCAGCCAAGGCAGAGGACACUCGCCUUGCUCCUGCUCCGCUCCGCUCCGGCGCCCUGCCUGCGCUGCGCUCGCGAGACACCACACGAGGGCGGCGCCGCGAUUCCACGGCGUCCUGCCGCCCGCCGCCCUAGCCUGUUUCCUCCCCAGCAUCCGCCGCCGCAGGGGAGCAUGAAACCCUCACCCGCUUCCACCAAAGCCCCGCUCCCGUGGAUCUCCCCGCUCCACUACCGAAGCCCCACACGCGCCGCGCCGCCCUCCCCGCCGCCGCCGCCGCCUCCGCUGCCCGAAGCGCCCCUCACGCAGCUGCGGUACGUCCACCACCCCGACCUAGCCCGCCUCAUCGCCUCCUCCCCCUCCGCGCAGCGCGCGCUCGACCUCUUCAACGCCGCCGCCGCGCAGCGCGGCUUCUCGCACACCCCGGCCACCUUCGCCGCGCUCCUCGUCCGCCUCGCCCGCUCUCGCCUCCCCUCCGCCGCCGCCGCCGUCCUCCGCCGCGCCGCCUCCGCGCCCUGCCGCUUCCUCGAGCCGCAGUUCCUCCCGCUCCUCCGCCUCCUCCCGCCCGACCACUCCCUCGCGCUCCUCCGCCUCCUCCCCGCGCUCCUCCGCCGGGGCCGCGUCUCCCGCAAGGCCCUCGCCGUCUGCCUCGACCGCCUCGUCUCCUCCCGCCGCUGCCCCGAUGUUCUCACCGAGCUCCUGGCCGACCUGCGCGACCCCCGGAGCAAGUACCUUCCGCAGCCCAACACGUGCAUCUACAACAUCCUCAUCAAGCAUUACGUCAAGAAAGGCGAUUUGGGGACAGCCUUCCAGGUGUUUGAUGAAAUGCGUAAGAUGAACUGCGCUGAUGUUAGACCAAGCUUAGUCACCUAUUCAACAUUGAUAGGUGGGCUCUGUCGUGGGGCUCAGAUGAAGGAAGCGUUUGAACUAUUUGAGGACAUGAUCGAGAAGGACCGCAUUGUGCCAGACCAGCUAACAUACAAUUUGCUCAUCGGUGGAUUCUGCAGGCUAGGACAGGUGGAGAAAGCACAAUCGAUCUUUGGAUUUAUGAGGAAGAAUGAGUGCGAGCCAAAUGCCUUCAACUAUGCCACUUUGAUCAAUGGGCACUGUAAGAAAGGGGAAGUGGAGGCAGCGAGGGGGGUAUUUGAGGAGAUGAUUAGAUCUGGGGUUCAGCCGGAUGCUGUCAGCUAUACCUCACUUGUUGGAUGCCUUUGUCGGCAUGGGAAUGUGGAUGAGGGGAUCAAUCUUGUGCAGGAGAUGUGGCAGAAAGGGUGUAAGGCUGAUGUUGUCACAUACAAUCUGCUGCUUGAGGGGUUGUGCAAAGAUAGACGGAUAGCGGAAGCAGUGACCUUGCUUGAGAAGUUACCGUCCGAAGGAGUACAGCUGAAUGUCGCAAGCUACCGGAUUGUGAUGAAUUGCCUGUGCUCAUGUGGAGAGAUGGAGAAAGCGGCUGGCUUGCUGGGCAUGAUGCUCGGACGAGGAUUUGUACCUCACUAUGCAGCAUCAAACAUGCUGUUGAUUGGUCUGUGUGAUGUUGGGAGGGUAUCAGAUGCAACAGUCACAUUGUAUGGACUGGUGGACACUGGGUUCAUGCCAGAGGCUAGAUGCUGGGCAAGGCUGAUUGAGUCUGUGUUCCGGGAGAGAAAGCUUAGGAGAUCUAUUGAGCUGUUGGAUGUGCUGAUUGCUGAAGGGUGACCAAGUCAACUUGCUCCAGCAUGGAUUGUUUUGAGUUUUUGACUGAUUUCAUCACCUGAAGGGAGGUGAAAAACCAGGUAUUGAGAUGUUCCAAUAAGGAGUGAUGACCUACUGAAGCCACAUAGGUUUGAUAGACAUGGGCUGAUGACUGUGCAGGAGAUGACUGAAGGGAUGAGUGAUUUGCAGCAGGACUGUGUGUGCAAUCAAUCUUCACUAAGGUUAGCAAGCACCAAGCAAUGACCAGCCUGACCCAAUUCAUGAUGGAAUCUGCGAUCAUUCCGAGGUUGGGGAAUCUUCGGAAGGUGCCAUGACACAUGGUUACUUUGAUGUUUCAUGAUUAUGCCAAAAAUAGUACUCUGUACAUGAUUAAUAACUGACAAAGGAAGCUGAAGUCUGAACGACCAUUUUGUGGACAGGUGUUCAUUUUCCUUAUUUGCUGGUGUGUUCUUAUGAAGGGUUACUGACUGCUUGACAAUGGACAUAUCUGUGUAAUACACUGUCAUUGUGGAAUCCAUAGAGAUGUUUCAUGGUAUUUGACUGUAUGCAAGAAGGAAAUGUGCAGAGAGUCACCAUUGUCAUCUUGAUUGUUUGAUUAUAGAGAUCCAAAACCAAAGUUUUACACAAGGCCAAACUGCAAAGUUGAGAAACAUGGUAUGAGUUCAUGUUGAAGGCAGAGAUUCAUUCAACCUUCUUGAUUGGAGACUUUGCAAUGGAAUUAUUUCUAUGCAAAUGUAGAGAAUGUCCAGGAGUUCAGGACCUGCUGGCAACAUAAAGAACUCAGUGGCAGCUGGCAAUGUAUUCAGCAAAGAUCAUAGUUGUUUUCUGACCUUCAAUGGCAGGAAGCAGUCCUAAAGCAGUGCAUUGAGGCUGAGCAACUUGAAAGUGUCAACAUGGCUGGAAUAAACCUAAUCAAUAAACUAAGAGAAGCCCUCAAUGAACAGGCUUUGAGCACCUUUUAUAUGUUUCUUAAAAAAUAUUCUACCAUGGUGUGGCAUAUAAUGAUAUAAGCAUAUUAUUACAUUCAUAAAUAUUUAUGUUUUUUUCCUUUUAUAUAACAGGAAACAAAGUCAGAGCUUCUUCGCAAUCAGUUGCAUGUAAGGAUUAUUCUUUUAUACAUUCUCACUUGUUAUUGUCCUUGUUAUAACUUCAUCUUUCACUGCAGAAGCACACCUUAGAUUAUUCUAUUUCUUAUAUUCCAUGUCUAUUAUCGCUUAAUUACUAUAAUGGAACAUUUAAGGGUCAAAAUUAUGAUGAGCAUUUUCAUGGAUGCAUAAGCUUUCGUAUUACAGUGUCUGCUUGCUUUGAGCUUUACUCCAUUCUUGAUGCCUCAGCCUAAGAUGACCCAUGAGUCCAUGAUAUGUGAGCACAACCUCAGUUUUGCUUUGUCAAGCACUUCCAUAAAGUCAUAAACUUAACUUAUCUAUAAGCGUAUCCUAAUAAAAAAUUUAUGGUCAAAAAUCAAAUAUCAUAUAUUUUAACGAGAGGAAUAGCUCGUAUCUUCACCAAUCUGUUCUAUAGACAAUUCCAUGUGUAGUACUAGUACUGAAAGACCUCAUGAUGUCACAACUGGUAGAAAGACAAUGAGUGACAAAGUAUGCGGCAAAAUAACGGUGGUACACAAGGAAUUUGUUGAAGAUUUGUACUUGUAAAUUUAUUUUGUAUUGUUGUGGAAAUUUGUUGUGCUUAGGCUAAAACUUGGAUACUCGGAGAAAUUUUCUUUAGAACUACUUGACUGUUUUAUAACUAGAAUUCUACAUUGUAUUUUACGCACAUGUUUGGAUGGGUCAUGGGUGUGAUCUAUAUAAUGGAUUGUUUAUAAAUAGAGAUAUUAUAUUUCUACCACUA